UGUAGACGAGGGUCCAAUGUAUCUCUUACAUUGGACAUGAGUAGCUUGGGGAAUGUCGAACCCUUUGUGGCUAUACCAACCCCACGGGAGAAGGUAGCAAUGGAGUACCUGCAGUCAGCCAGCCGAAUUCUCACAAGGUCACAGCUGAGGGACGUCGUGGCAAGUUCACAUUUACUCCAAAGUGAAUUCAUGGAAAUACCAAUGAACUUUGUGGAUCCCAAAGAAAUUGACAUUCCACGUCACGGAACUAAAAAUCGCUAUAAGACCAUUUUGCCAAUCAUGAUCUGUGAGUCCCUGGUUACAAUGCUCUAUAUGGGCAUUCUGCUGAGGACUGGGCAUUAUGACCCACAAUACUGUAUGCUAUGCUUGACUUGCUGGAAAAACAGCCGUGUCCACUGUGAUGCUAGAAUCAAUGAUGCUACCACAGUUUAUGUUACCUUAAAACUAGGCUACAGUGGCAAGGAAAAAGCCUUCAUUGCCACACAGGGCCCCAUGAUCAACACCGUGAAUGAUUUCUGGCAGAUGGUUUGGCAGGAAGACAGUCCUGUGAUUGUUAUGAUUACAAAACUCAAAGAAAAAAAUGAGAAAUGUGUGCUAUACUGGCCAGAAAAGAGAGGGAUAUACGGGAAAGUUGAGGUUCUGGUUAUCAGUGUAAAUGAAUGUGAUAACUACACCGUUCGAAACCUUGUCUUAAAGCAAGGAAGUCACACCCAACAUGUGAAGCAUUACUGGUACACCUCCUGGCCUGAUCACAAGACUCCAGACAGUGCCCAGCCCCUUCUACAACUCAUGCUGGAUGUAGAAGAAGACAGACUUGCUUCUGAAGGCCGAGGGCCUGUGGUUGUCCACUGCAGUGCGGGGAUAGGUAGAACGGGGUGUUUUAUUGCUACCUCCAUCGGCUGUCAACAGUUGAAAGAAGAAGGUGUUGUUGAUGCACUGAGCAUUGUCUGCCAGCUUCGUGUAGACAGGGGUGGAAUGGUCCAAACCAGUGAGCAGUAUGAAUUUGUGCAUCAUGCUCUGUGCCUGUACGAGAGCAGACUUUCAGCAGAAACUGUCCAGUGAUCCACUGAAGACAUACCAGACCAUCAAUCUCUUUGGGUGAAAUCAAAUUACCCACUCAAGGCUUCUAGAAGGAGCUUCCUGCAAUGGAAGGAAAAGGAAGCUCUGAAGCCAACUGUGGCAUGGAUUGUGGAAGAUAUGGCAAUAGAUUCAGUGUUGCCAGUCCCUUGUGUAUAUGAAUGCAUUUGUAAGCAUCCCCCAAAUUAUUCUGAAGGUCCUAUGCUAAUGGAGGUAUGAUAGAUUUUGCACAUAGCUUGAGGUGGAUUUUGUUUCGUUGUAUUGACUAUCUGCCACACAGAAUGUAUGUAUGUAAUAUUCAGUGAUAAAUGCACCAGGUGAUGACUGGAAGAGCUGCUAAAGAAAUUAUUGUGUGUUUAGAUGCUUUAAUGUUUGCAAAAUCUGUCUUGUGAAUGGACUGUCAGCUGUUAAACUGUUCCUGUUUAAGUGCUAUUACCUUUCUCAGUUACCAGAAUCUUGCUGCUAAGUUGCAAGUGAUUGAUAAUGGAUUUUUAACAAAUAAGUCUUUGUUUUUGAAAAAAAAAAAAUCAAAAGCAGUAACUAUUUUAUAUGGAAAUGUGUCUUGAUAAUAUUAUCUAUUAAAUGUGUAUUUAUAGUACCUCCUAUCAAUCAAUUACAGAGCACAAUGAUUGUCAUUGAGUAUAUAUGUAUCUACUCUCUAUUAUUGGGCAUAGAGGUAGCUUCUGCUCCAGAACUCUAUCCAUUGUAUUUAUACAUUGUAAGUCAUUUUACUUUAAAAGGGAAAAACAAAUUUAUACCAACUAUGAGGUAUCAAGAAUUUUAAAUAUUUGUCUCUCUUUUACUAAGAAAGGAUUUUUGAAUAUGCUGUCUACCUAGAAUCUCUCUCCAAAUAAAAUGCAGAAAUGCCUUUGGGAAUGAUGUAACCUGUCCCAUUUCCAGAGGUUCUUCAUAAGGAUGCUGCCGUGUAUUUCCUUAAAUUUCUGACAGGUUUUAAUCCUCAAAAGACAAAUAAAGUUAAAAUAACUGCACUCAACAAACAUUCUCAAAUAUGGAUUUCUGCUCAAAUAUGAAUUUUUAAUGCAGCAAUGUUGACUUUGUUUCAUACUGCCAAUAAACUACUCUUAAUAGUAAA